AUGGGCGUAUCAGCUAAGGAGAGGGAGAUCAAGCUGGAGGAGAGGACAGCUAGUCUGUUGGAAGCGGAGAAGAACCGGAAUGACGCGUCUCACCGGGCCCUAUACGAGCUCCUCGUGUCUGUGUGCGAGAAAAACGCAUGCCUCCCGACAAGCAUCGACCGAUCCUUCUCCGUCUCGCACUGGAGCAACCCCGACCCUGACCGGUCAUUCUCCGUCUGGCACUGGCGCAAACCCGACCGGUCCUUCACCUCUGUGAUGACGGGAAGUGGUUUUUUCUUUAUCCAUCGUGCACAAUUACGGUGGUUUUUGGCAAUACUCUCCCAGUCCCGACUCCCGACGCCGCGGUCGCAGCCGCAGCCGACUGGACGCCGCAAGCAGCGCAGCGCCGGUGAAGAGCCGGACCUGUCACCUCCUCCGCUCCCGUCAGUUCCGGCCACUUCACCGCGAGCCCCACUGACCCUCAAAGGCCUCAACAUGGCAGGUCUGCUGCUGCGUAGAUUCAUCCGGAUCCAGCCCCGGGCGCCGAUGAGCGCCGCCGGUGGAGCCGCGCCCUUCUACGCCUCGUGUCCCUCGUCGCCCCGCACCGUCGCGCACCUGGAGGUGAGGGGGGAGCAGGCCGCUGCUGAAGUUGAAUUAUCAAAGAAGAGUUGUAUCCCAUGCAAUUCAAAGGAUCUGCAUGCCAUGUCAGAAGAUUCUGCUAAAAAGUCACUUGAACAGGUGACUGGUUGGGAACUGAAAAAUGAAGGUGACAUUUUGAAAUUACACAGAGCAUGGAAGGUGAAGAAUUUUGUAAAAGGUCUUGAGUUCUUUCAGCUUGUUGCUGCUGUUGCUGAGGAAGAAGGUCACCACCCAGAUCUUCAUCUCGUCAGUUGGAACAAUGUGAAAAUCGAUGUCUGGACUCAUUCAGUCAGAGGUUUAACAGAUAAUGACUUCAUCCUUGCUGCAAAGAUCAAUGAACUCAAGCUAGAAGGCCUUUUGAGCAAGAAAAAGGCUACUUCCCAGGAGUAGCUUUGGGAGAUCAAGCAGAUAACUUUUAAUGUGUAGAUGCCAAGAAAUGCCCUUUUAUAUUGUCUGCGAUGAUUGUACAUGCCGUUCCAAAAUGAGUACUUCCGAUGUGAAUUCCACUUAACCUUUGGUGAGAUCUAUCUGUUCUGGGCGAUGCGUUUCUCUGAUGAUACGAAUCUGGGUCACCCUAAUACUUGUCUGUAUCUUCUGAAUAUAUACAGUAGAAGGUGCCAUGUAUGCAAUGGCAUAGAUUUUUUUUAAGAUAAAGAUGCAAUGGCAUAAAUAUAUGAUCA